AUGAAGGCCUACAUCUACGACGACAAGCCGGGAGACCAGCGCGAGCCGCACCACUCCGGCGAGGAGGUUUCGGUGGACCAGCUGAAGGCGAUCGGGGUGCUGCCGUACCCGGGAAUCGAGUUGGACCAGGUCGAGGAGAUCGCCAAGUCGCGGGGGUACAAGAACCGCGACGAGAUCAACGUUUCCAAGGCUGGUCUCGGCGACGUCUACGAGGAGAAGAUCAAGGGGUUUUUCCGAGAGCACUUGCACGAGGACGAGGAGAUUCGGUACAUCAAGGAUGGACGAGGGUACUUUGACAUCCGAGAGGCCGGCGACAAGCGCUGGAUCCGCAUCGCCGUCGAGCCGAAGGACCUGCUCAUCGUCCCCGCCGGCGUCUACCACCGCUUCACUCUCGACAGCGGCGACUACAUCAAGGCGAUGCGGUUGUUCCAGGACGAGCCCAAGUGGAUCCCGCACGACAAGAACGAGGCUACGGACAAGAACCCGUUCCGCGAGCAGUACCUCCAGUCCAUCAAGGCCUAA